AAUCAUGUGACUGCAACACGGCAACAGACGGCCGGCGCAGUUAGUCUCCCUCCUACCCGAGGACUACGCAUUACACCCACAGAGGAACAUGAAGACCGAUCGACGAGUAACGCAACUCGUGCCCCAAAUGGUUCUCGUGCUGUUUCUUGCUACGACUGUGGCUGCAUAUAGCAGUUGCCUCAAAAGCUUCGUGUGUACAAACGCCACUCACUUCAGACUGUGUAUUGAUCAUGGAAAUGGCUCAGUCAGCCUUUGGGAGAGACACAGUGCCUGUCCCCUAAACUCUGUGUGUAAUGCGUCUCAGUGUUAUGACGUCAACCCAGCUUGGCCUUAUCCUCCAGGGGCAAGGAAGUGCAGUUCUCACGGUUUCAUCUGCACGAACAGCAACCAGUAUCAGCUCUGCAGAUAUGAUCAACAGGGACGUUCAUACCCCUGGGGACCAUAUUACGAUUGUCCUCCCAGCUCCGUCUGUAACGAAUCGCAUCCUUACCGCUGCCAAAUUCUGCACCCUUCACCCUACGUUCCCUCAACUACUGCACACUCACCCUCACCGACAAAGGACGAAUGCAAAUCGAAGAAUUUUGUAUGCGUCGACAGCAACACCUAUCUCAUGUGCAGAGACGUGGGAAACGGAGUUUUCCAGCCUUUCAAUCAGCAACUGAAGUGUCCAAGUACGCAGACAUGUCACAAGUCUUUCGACAGACCGUGUGCCGUCGCAAAGUCCGGAGGGAACAGUAUCUGCACUAAGAACUUGGCAUACUUCAGCGUUGUGCUCCAGCUCUACAUUCUGUACCGCACACGUGCUCAACACUGUUAGUGAACUGUGUCUGAAAUCAUGAACCAGUGUCGACAAGUUGUGAAUCCCUACCAAUAUUGUUUUCCAGCUGAGUUCUAUGUCAUCUCAUCACUACAAUUUGCAUCUGCCGGACCGGACCGGAAAUAUGAGCUAGCUCUAUCGAAUGGGCACAACUGAGUAGGUUUAAUCUGAAGGCGGAGACAGAAUUCUGUCUCCGAAACGUUGUUUUGAAAAAUAAACACUACGGUUUUUAGAUAGAGCCAAGACUGUGGAUAAUGUCCAGAAACAUAAUAUUCGUACUGCUGUACCAUCGUCACAAACUUCUAGAUCUUUUCAAUUUUUAGACUGUUAUAUAAACUGUCUAUAUAACAAAUAAUUUGUUCACAGUAUUAAUAAUGCAGUCUUUUUGCAGUCUGACAUGUUUCUAGUUCAGCUGUCAUUUUCAUGGCAUAAUAUGUGCAAAUUGAUAACAAUUAAAUAACCCUUAUGUUAAGCAUCAGAUUUUGUUAUAUAAAAUGUAAAACCGAUGGGUAAAUCACGAAAUAUCGAUGUAAUGUCGUGUCUCCUAUUGAAACACAUCUGCGUCCUAUAAGUAAUUACAUAGCAAAUUUAAUUAAAAUUUUGAUAUAAUUCGUUACUGUCAAUACACUGCACACGUCACAAUAAAUAUAAGAAUGGCAUCAAGCGUA